AUGGGGUGCCUGCCAAACCGCAUACCCAGCCUGCGGUUGCUCCGGAGCUUCUUCACCGACGGGUCCUUGGAUAGCUGGGGCACCUCUGAAGAUGCUGACGCUCCUUCUAAGCGACACUCAACCUCUGACCUCUCAGAUGCGACCUUCAGCGAUAUCAGGAGAGAAGGCUGGUUGUAUUAUAAGCAGAUUCUCACCAAGAAGGGGAAGAAAGCGGGCAGCGGCCUGCGCCAGUGGAAGCGGGUGUACGCCGCGCUGCGGGCGCGCUCGCUCUCGCUGAGCAAGGAGCGGCAGGAGCCCGGGCCAGCGGCGGCGGGGGCUGCAGCGGCCGGCGCAGGUGAACACGAGGCGGCGCCCGUCUGCAUCGGCUACAGUGAGACCAAGAGGAGGCACGUGUUCCGGCUGACCACCGCUGACUUCUGUGAAUAUCUCUUUCAGGCUGAGGACUGGGAUGACAUGCUGGGCUGGAUCAGAGCGAUCUGGGAGAACAGCAGGGCCGAGGGCGAGGACCCCGGCUGUGCCAACCAAGCUCUGAUCAGCAAGAAGCUUAAUGAUUAUCGCAAAGUAAGCCAUAGCUCUGGGCCCAAAGCUGAUUCCUCCCCCAAAGGCUCUCGCAGCCUGGGGGGCCUCAAGUCUGAGUUCCUCAAGCAGAGUGCGGCACGUGGCCUCAGGACUCAGGACCUGCCCGCAGGGAGCAAGGAUGACAGUGCUGCAGCCACCAAAACCCCCUGGGGCAUCAACAUCAUCAAGAAAAAUAAGAAGGCCACCCGAAGGGCAUUUGGGGUCAGGCUGGAGGAGUGCCAGCCAGCCACGGAGAACCAGCAUGUCCCCUUAAUCGUGGCUGCAUGCUGUCGCAUUGUGGAGGCAUGAGGGCUGGAGUCCACAGGCUUUUACCGAGUGCCCGGCAACAAUGCAGUGGUGUCCAGCCUACAGGAGCAGCUCAACCGCUGGCCUGGUGACAUCAACCUGCAGGAUGAGCGCUGGCAAGACCUCAAUGUGGUCAGCAGCCUGCUCAAGUCCUUCUUCCGAAAGCUGCCUGAGCCUCUUUUCACUGAUGACAAAUACAACGACUUCAUCAAGGCCAACCGCAUCGAGGACGUGUGGGAGCGGAUGAGGACGCUGCGGAAGCUGAUCCGGGAUCUCCCAGGACACUACUAUGAAACGCUCAAAUUCCUUGUGGGCCAUCUCAAGACCAUGGCUGACCACUCUGAGAAAAACAAGAUAGAACCCCGGAACCUGGCCCUGGUCUUUGGGCCGACAAUGGUGAGGACAUCUGAGGACAACAUGACAGACAUGGUGACCCACAUGCCUGACCGCUACAAGAUCGUGGAGACACUGAUCCAGCACACUGGUUCUUCAGACUGGUUCUUCAGUGACCAGGUUCAAGAGGACAAGGCAGAGAGAGCCCCUGUGGGCGACAAGGAGCUUCAGGCAGUGCCCAACAUUGAGUACCUCCUGCCCAACAUUGGCAGGACAGUGCCCCCUGGUGACCUGGGGUCAGAUUCUACCACCUGUAGUUCAGCCAAGUCCAAGGUACGUAUGAAGGCAAUUCUGAAGGCUUAA